UUGGCGUGGGCAGCACCCAAGGAAAAACACAUAAGCAACAUGGAUACUGGAAUACAAGAAUUCUUCAGCAAUAAAACAGUUUUCCUUACUGGUGGCUCUGGAUUUUUAGGAAAAGUGUUGACUGAGAAACUCCUGAGGACAACCGAGGUGAAAUGCAUUUACUCGCUCCUGAGACCCAAACGCGGAGUGUCCAUUGGAGAUCGUAUUUCAGCCUGGGAGAAGGACCCGAUUUUCGGGGAGCUCUUAAAGGCCAAGCCGGAGGCCUUGCACCGAAUCCAUCCAAUCGCUGGCGAUUGCCUUGACCCGGAUCUGGGCAUAAGUGACUCGGACCGGAAGUUGCUGGUCUCCGAGGUGCAAGUGGUUAUCCAUGGAGCAGCCACCGUGCGCUUCGACGAGGCCCUGCACCUUGCCUUGGUUGUCAACGUGCGCGCCACCCGACUAAUGCUUCAGCUGGCCAAACAGAUGACCAAACUGGUGUCCUACGUCCAUAUCUCGACCGCUUACUCCAACUGCGUGGUGACUGAAAUCAAUGAGAGGUUUUAUCCGGAGCAUCUGAAGGAUAGUUCGGACAAGAUAUUGGCCUUAGGCGAGCUCUUGAGUAAUAAGACGAUAGACAGCAUGACGACAUCGUUGAUAGGAUCCUUUCCAAACACUUACACCUACACCAAAGCUCUGGCGGAGGAUGUGAUCCUGAGGGAGGCCGGUGACCUGCCCAUGUGCGUGUUCCGUCCGGCGAUCAUUAUGUCUACCUACAAGGACCCCGUCGUUGGAUGGACGGACAAUCUGUACGGACCGAUGGCCCUGGCUUAUGGGGGAGCUCGCGGUGUUGUGCGGGUCGUCAUGUCAGAUCCUAAUGUUAUGCUCAGCGUAGUUCCGGCAGAAUAUUGCAGCAAUUUGGCACUGACCUGUGCCUGGAAGACGGGAGUAGAUGCUAGCCAAGGUGGUAAGCCAGAAAAACCUCCAAUUUAUCAAUUUGCUCCCAGCGAAAAUAAUGAGAUAACUCAGAAGUCAUUUAUCGACUUGUUGGUUAUGAAUCGAGACCGUACCCCUCUGACUAAGAUGCUCUGGUACCCGUAUGUCCUCUUGAUUCCCCCCUUUCUCUUUUCGCUGGCUGCAUUCUUUUACCACACUAUUCCCGGCUACUUCCUCGAUAUGCUGCUGCGUCUCUCGGGCCGAAAGCCCAUUCUGGUGAAAACGUAUCAAAAAAUACACAAGAAUAUAAACGUCUUACGACUGUUCUCCAAUACCACCUUUCACUUUGGCAUGUCGAAUACCCAACGGCUGUUAGAGGCGAUGUCUAAGAAGGAUCGCAGCAUGUACGACUUUGACAUGGUUCCUUUGGACUGGACCGACUACCUAAGAUGUUGCAUAGCUGGCAUGCGACUAUAUAUUGCCAAGGACCCAAACACCCAGGAGUCCAUAAGCAAGGCUCUGAGGCUUAAGAAUAUUCUUAAGGUCCUGCACUGUGUCCUUUCGAUCUCUUUGGCCACUGGCGCUGGAUACGGCAUUUGGAGAUUGGCCAAGCUUUUCAUUUGAGUUCGCGGAGACAGAUGUGUGACUAUAAUUCCCUUGUGUUUUCUUAGGUUAAAUAUAUAUUCAGUUAUUUACUACACGCUAAAA